UUUUCCUUCACCCGCCGCUUGCAAACUCACAAUCCCCCUCGCUAACGUCGUAGCCAAUCCUCCCUCACCGGCGCCGCCCGCUAAUUCCUCUCUUCGGAAACGCCAUCCUCUGAUCCGCCGCCACGUAGCCGCAGCUCCCUUAUUGGAAGUGCACUGCCACAUCCUCGCCAGCAUCGAACCUGAACAGAUCAAAGUUUGUUUCCAGAACAGAACGUAAUAUUUUUGCUUCCAAAGAAUCUUCUUGGCUAACGACGUUGAUAUUGCUUCCAAGAGCUUAAGAUUUUGGUGGCAAAGUAAGUUCAGGUGAUAGCAAGUAACAUUUGUGAGCAAAAUACAGUAACCUGUCUUUGGUCUUAUUGUAAGCAUGGCUGAUUCUGGCAAUCCUCAAAACUCUGAGCAAGAACAUCAACAAUCUGAGCAAGUCUGCAAUUUCUUUAGGAAGCCAACAAAGAAUAAAAAUAUUAGAAAAAGGGCAGUAGAAGAGGAUGAAGAUGAAGAUUCAGGAAGUGCACCAUCCUUGUUGCACCAUCAGAAAAAGGCCACAAGGCCUGACAAUAAGUUGUUCUUUUCAACUGGAUCAUCUAAGAGUAGCUUGACAACUGAACCAGGCCCAGAAUCUAACAAACCAAUCUUCCAGUAUGAGUCUUCAAAGGAAAUACAGGUUCAACAUGAUAGCAAAGCAACUGCUACAUUAGAAACUGAGACUGAUUUCAACAAAGAUGCUCGAGCUAUUCGUGAGAGAGUUCUUAAGCGAGCUGAGGAGGCUUUGAAGGGGAAAAGCACAGGCUCUGGUGAUGAGAAGUUAUAUAAGGGAAUCCAUGGGUAUGUUGAUCAUAAAGCUGGGUUUCGAAGGGAGCAAACAGUUUCUAGUGAGAAAGCUGGCGGAUCACAUGGGCCUCUUAGGGCAUCUGCUCACAUUAGGGUAUCAGCAAGAUUUGAUUAUCAGCCAGAUAUUUGUAAAGACUACAAAGAAACUGGUUACUGUGGGUAUGGGGAUGCGUGUAAGUUUAUGCAUGAUCGAGGUGAUUACAAGUCUGGGUGGCAGUUAGAGAAAGAGUGGGAGGAAGUAGAGAAAGCAAGGAAGAGGAAUUUGGCUAUGGGUGGUGACGAUGAGGAUGAAGCAGUGGUAGACCAAAGUGAUGAUGAUGAUGAUGAUGACUCCUUGCCCUUUGCAUGCUUUAUAUGUAGGCAACCUUUUGUGGAUCCUGUUGUUACAAAGUGCAAGCAUUACUUCUGUGAGCACUGUGCAUUGAAGCAUCAUGCGAAAAACAAGAAGUGUUUUGUAUGCAAUAAACCAACUCUCGGAAUCUUUAAUACAGCUCAUGAGAUACGAAGAAAAAUGGCUGAAGAGGGCAAGUGACUUGUUUGUUGUUUUAUCUUUGUCCAGAUUAGCAGCCAGAGGGUCAUGUAUUACUUCAAACAGUUUGUACCAUACCCUAUCAUUACUCAUUAGCAAUGACAAUGCAGUUUUAUGUUUCAUUUGGUGAGAUUAGUUCAUUCUAUUUGGUUUUGGUAAUUGCUUUGCUAUAAAGGUCUCAUAUAUUA